AGAUUCUGUGAAUUUAACCGUUGGUAGUCGACGUUCCUCAAAGAAUUUUUAUUCCUUUUAAUUUUGUUUUGCGGAGUAGGGGUAAAAUAAUUUCUUGAGUCGAACCACCACAUUUUCCAUUUCUUUUGUCCUGUCUGUGAUCGUUACUUGAAUUAUCAGUUUUUUUGUCAAUUCAAUCGGGUUUUUUGUGCAAAUUAUCCUAGAAAUAAAAAUGACUUCGACUAGUUUCAAUGUUGGUGUUGAUGUAGAGGCCAAAAGUUCCAGCAGAGUGCUUCGUCCUCCAGGAGGUGGCCACACAGAUAUUUUUGGAAUUAAGGAACCUAUUGUUCCAGAAAUUAGGAGGGAAGAUAAUAAGAGGAAUGCUUCUUCAAUUUUAGAGGGGACAAACAAUGAAAUUGUUCAGAGUGCUAAAAACCAAGUUGCCAAAACUGAAGAAAAACCAGCUCAAGAAUGCUGCCUGAAAGAAAACAAUAAGGAGUCGCCUGCUAAGCAAGAGGAUGAACAACCAGCACAACGAAGACCAAGAGUGCCACCUGGAGGUUUCUCCUCUGGUUUAUGGUAAAAUUGAUGGAUCUCCUAGCGUUCAUUAUUUUAACUUUCCUCAAUGGUGCAAGAAAUUUAUUUCAGUAACUUAUUUCGAAAGAUAUUUCCUUGAUUGUGUAUUUGUAUUGCAUUUUAUCAUGGCUUAAAAAAGAAAGACUUGAGAAGCUUUAAGUGCUUUGACAUGUUAAUAUUUUAUCAUUAAUCAAAAGCAUGGAUGUACUUAAAAUAUUUAAUUAGCCAAUAUAUAAGUGCUACAAUACCUUUUGACAACUUGAAGCGUUCAUAUAUUUUGAUAUACCCUAUUUUACCUUGUGUAAAAUAAAGAAAAAGUAAGCUAA